AUGGGGCCUAAAUCAAAAUCGAGAGCAGCAAAAAGAGCUGCGAAAUUUCAUAAGGAGUUAAUGGAAGAUGCUAAUAAUCCAAAGCAAAAGAAAUUAAAUUUUCAACCUGCACGUUUUCAGCAAGAAUUAUUAAUAUCAAAAAAUAAGGAUUCUGAGUCAAUUGAAAUAAAUAAAAUUUUGCCGGAAAACAUUAACUGCACAGUCGGUGAAACUAAGAAAAAUAUAAAUGAGAAAAGUAAUUCACACGAAAAAGGACUAAUGAAAAUAAAUGUAAUCUCAUUUCAAAACGAACUUUCAAAUAUUUAUAAUGACAAUAUGACGCCAUCUUUAUCAAAUUUUAUACCACCACCAUCAAAUAUUUCAGCAGAUAUCAAAUUUAAAUUUUGGAAAAAUCAUCCUAUUCAGCCAUUUUUAGAAGUAGGAAAAUUGAAAUUAGAUCGAAUUUAUUUAAAAAAAUUGUCCAAUGGUGAUGCAAUAAAUAGGAAAUGGAUUUCAUUUUCAGUCGACACUAAAUUAUUUUAUUGUGCUACAUGUAUGGCAUUUUCAGUUGGUUCUGAAUCAAAAUUUAUUUCUGGUUAUAAUGCUUUAGCAAAAUCAAACCAUAAUCCCUAUAAAGAUAUUGAACGACAUGAAAAUUCGACUAUUCAUCAAAAUGCUGCAAAUGCAGUUCUUCGUUGUAAUUUGGAAAAUGAUAUAGGUAGAUUAAUAAAUCGAAAUUUCAUUAUGAAACGUGCAAAAGAAAUAGAACAGCGUAGAAUGGUACUCAAUCAGGCCCGUACUGGCCCACCGGGACACCGGGAAUUUUCCCGGUGCGCCCCAUGA